AUGACAUCCUCUCCAAAAAUUGCUAUUAUCACAUAUUCUAUGUACGGUCACAUCAAUAUAUUGGCCGAGAGUAUUCAAAAGGGAAUCCAGGAUAAGGGCGGUAUUGCCGAUAUUUACAGAAUUGAAGAAACCCUACCUUUAGAAAUUCUGCAACAAUUACAUGCACCAGCUCCACCCGAAGAUCUACCAGUGGCCACUGUGAACAUAUUAACUAAAUAUGAUGGGUUCUUAUUUGGUAUUCCAACCAGGUUCGGUACUGUACCAUCGCAAUGGAGUGCAUUUUGGGAUGCGACCGGCUCUUUGUGGAGUGAAGGUGCCUUAUACGGUAAACCGGCUGGUAUGUUUGUUAGCACUGCCUCUCCAGGCGGUGGCCAAGAAACUACUGUUAGAAAUUCCUUAAGUUAUUUAGUCCAUCAUGGCUUGAUCUAUGUUCCAAUGGGAUAUAAAACCACUUUUGGCGAUUUGGCAAAUGUUAACGAGGUACAUGGUGGGUCUCCAUGGGGAAGUGGUACUAUUUCUUGUAAUGAUGGUAGUAGAUUGCCAAGCGAUUUGGAAUUGAGAAUGGCUAAAACUCAAGGUAGUGAUUUUUAUGCCAUAGUUUUGAAGUUGAAUUCAACAACAAAUAGUUCUGAUGUUAAACAGGAGCCAAAAGAGAAGGGGAAGGAAACAAAAGUGACAACAACAACAUCAACGAGCAAAAAAGAUUCAAAAACGAAACAUGCCUCUGCCACGGCUGACAAAGGGAAGCCUAACUCUCCGGUUAACGUUGCUCCAGAAAAAUCAAAGACUGGUUUGACAAAAUGCUGCACCAUUAUGUAA